AUGCCUCCCCGCCGCACUCCCACCCCUCGCGCCCUGCCUCGUCUUUCCCGUAUUUCGCGUGCCGGCCUUGGUGUCCUCCGCGUGGAGGAGCUAAAGUUCCUCCUCGAGGAGGCGAAGAUCGACAUUCCCCUGGGCAACAAGGCCCAGCUUGUCAAGCUGGUCUUUGUCAACGAGGGCAUCUGCAUCCCCACCGCCAUGCGUCCUCUGACUAAGCCCCCUCACGUCCCGCAAGCGACCGUCGAAGAGGUCCUCAGCCGCCUGACCAAAGCUGAGGCCAAGAUCGACGCGACCACGGACCGCGUGGGGCAAGCCGAGACGAAGAUCGGCAGGAUCCAGGAAGGCCAGAGUGGUGCGAAAGCACAACCGCGCCGCCUCCGAGCCGCGCCUCAGCCAAGCCCCAACCCGCCGUCGAAGCGCGUGCCCCCAUCCAAGCUGCCCCGUCCCAUCCGCCAGGUCUUUGCUCCUCGCCCUGAGGCCAGGCCUACCCCUGUGCGGAGCCCGUCCACAAGGGGCACCGUAACGUUGUAA